AGCAAUAUUAUAAUUGGCCAAAAAUGGGAUGUUAGUUCUAUUCUUGAUCAAAUGCCUCUCUGUCGCUUCUUUUUUACGCUUUCUUUCUUUUCUUAGCUGUUGCUGUUUCUUUCUCUUCUCUCUUCCUUUUUAUCUUUUGUGUUUUGUUCCUUGAUCACAGCUCGUCUCCCUUUGUCCCUGUAGCCUCUCAUUUUGAUUCGUCCUCUCUGGUUUAUUGCUCGUUGAUCCUUUGUUUCUGUUUGCUUUUUUGCGUCAUGGAUCGUGAUUUUCAUCGUCGUGGUGGUCAAGUGGCAAAGGAUCGUUCACCGAGCAGCCGCUUUGUUCGGUUAGAUAAACCGAGAUCUGUAGACGAUCUUGAUAUAGGCAAGAAAGGGAAGAUGCGUAGGUGGUUGUGCUGUUCUUGUCAUGUACAAGAAUCUAACCACCCUAGAGUUGAACAUAACCGAUCCAGAACACCUCCUACUCGCCACUACGACUACGGACGUAAUGAUAAGAAACCACCACCUCCUAUGAAGCCUGCCGUGUUGAAGGAGCCUCCUCCCAUUGAUGUACCUACAAUGUCACUGGCUGAGCUCAAAGAAAAGACUGAGAACUUUGGAUCUAAGGCUUUGAUUGGGGAAGGAUCCUAUGGAAGAGUGUACUAUGCAAAGUUUAAUGAUGGCAAGGCAAUGGCUGUGAAAAAGCUUGAUAAUGCAUCUGAACCAGAGACAAACGUUGAGUUCUUGACUCAGGUCUCCAAGGUUUCAAGGCUGAACAAUGACAACUUUGUUCAGCUUCUUGGUUAUUGCGUUGAAGGCAAUGUUCGUGUCCUUGCUUAUGAGUUUGCAACAAUGGGAUCAUUGCAUGACAUCUUACACGGAAGAAAGGGAGUUCAAGGAGCACAACCUGGUCCUACACUUGAGUGGAUGCAACGAGUCAGAGUUGCUGUUGAUGCAGCUAAGGGAUUAGAGUACUUACACGAGAAAGUUCAACCUGCUGUUAUACACAGAGAUAUUCGUUCUAGCAAUGUGCUUCUCUUUGAAGACUUCAAAGCCAAGAUUGCUGAUUACAAUCUUUCAAACCAAGCUCCUGAUAUGGCUGCUCGUCUUCAUUCCACUAGAGUUUUGGGGACAUUCGGUUAUCACGCACCAGAAUACGCAAUGACAGGACAGUUGACACAGAAGAGUGAUGUUUACAGUUUUGGAGUUGUGCUUUUGGAGCUUCUAACCGGGAGAAAACCGGUUGAUCAUACAAUGCCUCGUGGUCAACAAAGUCUUGUCACUUGGGCUACUCCAAGGUUGAGUGAAGACAAAGUGAAGCAAUGUGUUGAUCCAAAACUCAAAGGAGAGUACCCUCCUAAAGCAGUUGCAAAGCUUGCAGCAGUUGCAGCUUUGUGUGUGCAAUAUGAAUCAGAGUUUAGGCCAAACAUGAGCAUUGUAGUAAAAGCUCUUCAACCACUCUUGAGGUCUUCAGGAGCAGCUGCUCCUCCUCCUAACCCUCACACUUGAUUAUUCUUCUUUGUGGUUCUUGCAUAUUGGAUUCAUUCAUGGCUUCAAGGUUUCUUUUGUUUCUAUUUACAAAUGGUUAUGUAAAUGGAUUAUUAAAGAAGAGAUGGUGAGUAGAGGAACAUGGAUUUG